CUUGUUUUUUAUAUAUUAUUAUAUUAUUUUUUCAUUUUUUUCCAAUCAUUUUUUUAUAUUAUUUAUUAAAAUUUAAACAUUAUCAAUAUUAAUAUUUUAAUAUAAUAAUUGUUGUUGUAUAGUCUUUUGAAAAAAAAAAUUCUUUUAAAAUUUUUUUUUCCCAUCCUUAUUUAUAUAAACCAAAAUAACUUAAUAUAAAUAUAGUUGUAUUAUUAAAGAAAAUUAUUGUAAUUUAUAAAAAAACACAAACACAGAUAUACAGACAGAUAAAUAGAUAAAAAAAAAAGAAAUGUUUAAUAAGAUUUUUAGUAGCGACAAAAACAAAACAUUCAAACCAAAAAAGGGUUUUAGCAAAGGGACAAAAAGACACGAUUUACAUAAACAUGCCAAAGCAACACUUGGUUCAGGUAAUUUAAGACUUGCUGUUUCACUCCCAGAAAGAGAAGAUUUAAAUGAAUGGCUUGCAGUUAAUACUGUUGACUUUUUCAAUCAAAUAAAUUUACUUUAUGGAUCAAUUACAGAAUUUUGUACACCAAAAACAUGUGAGGUUAUGUCAGCAGGACCAAAAUAUGAAUACUUAUGGGCUGAUGGUGAAUCUGUCAAAAAACCAAUUAAAGUAUCCGCACCAGACUAUGUAGAAUAUUUAAUGACAUGGGUACAAGGUAUUCUUGAUGACGAAAAUAUUUUCCCAUCUCGUGUCGACGUACAAUUCCCUAAAAAUUUCCAAUCAAUCGUUAAAAAUAUCUUUAAGAGAUUAUUUAGAGUUUAUGGUCAUAUUUACUAUUCCCAUUUCACAAAGAUUGUUUCAUUAGGCGAAGAAGCUCAUCUCAAUACAUGCUUUAAACACUUUUAUUUCUUCAUUGUAGAAUUUAAUUUGGUCGAUAAAAAAGAAAUGCUUCCACUUCAAGAUCUUAUUGAUAAUUUAACUAAAAGCAGCACAUAAUAGCAAUAGUAACAUUCAUUUUCAUAAUUUAAUAUUAAAAAAAAACUAAAAUAAUAACAAAAAAAAAAAAAAAAAAAGAAAAAUUAAAAUAUCAAGCUCUUUUAUUUUUUUAUUAAAUUUUUAAAUAAUAAUCUAUUUCUCUUUAUUUUAUUUUUAUUUUUUAACAAUCAGUUAUUCACAUAAUCAAAAUCAAAAUCAAAAAAAAAGAUAUUAUUAAAAAAAUUUUAAAGAAAAAUAGAAAAAAAUAAAAAAUAAAAAAUAAAAAACCAAUUUUAAAAUUGAUU